AUGCGUGGCCCGCCGCUGCCGUGGCUGCUGGCCUGCCUGUGGCUGGCGGCGAGCGGCCGGGCGGACAGCAGCCUGCAGGACGGCGUGCGGGAGCUGCACGGCCGCUUCGCCGUGCGCCUCUACCAGACGCUGGCCGAGACGGAGAACAGCUCGGACCUGAUGGCGUCUCCGGUGGGCGUGUCGCUGUCGCUGGCGCUGCUGCAGCUCGGCGCCAGGGGAAACACGCUGGCGCAGCUGGAGGAGACGCUGGGAUUCAACGCCAACGACGCGCAGGUGCGCAGCCUGCUGCUGGGCUCCCAAGGAGACCUGGGGAACAGCAGCCGGGGCCUGUGGCUGCAGCAGACCUGCACCCUGCUGGUCCAGAGCGGCGUCGACCUCCUGACCUCCUUCACCCGCAGCGCCGCCGCCUGGGGCCACGCCGCCAUCGUCCGGGCCAACUUCAGCCAGGACAACCACACCGGCAGCCAGGGUGAGAGGGCAGCGGCCGGGGUCAGAGAGGAGGCGUGGCCCGUCCAGGCGGGGAGCAGCAGCGGCGAGCCGUCGGGCUGGGGCGAGGCGCCGGCGCCGAGCGGCCGCCGCCUGCAGGUGGCGCUCAUCAGCACGGUGGCCUUCAGGGGCGUCUGGCAGACGCAGUUCCAGUUCUCCAACACGCAGAACCUGCCCUUCACCCUGCCCGACGGAUCCUCCGUCAAGGUGGCCAUGAUGUACCAGGCGGCAGAGGUCGGCUUCGGUCAGUUCCGGACCGGGUCGGACCAGCGCUACACGGUUCUGGACCUGCCGUACCUGGGGGGCUCUCUGAGCCUGCAGGUGGUCCUGCCGAGCGAGAGGAAGACUCCGCUGUCGUCCCUGGAGUCGCGGCUGUCCGCCCGCCAGCUGGCGUCCUGGGAGGCGGGGCUGCGCAGGACCAAGAUGGACGUCUUCCUGCCCAGGUUCCGGAUGCAGCGGCGGUUCAGCCUGCGGGCGGCGCUCCCCGCCAUGGGCGUCAGCGACGCCUUCAGCGCGGCGGCGGCCGACUUCACCGGCAUGUCCGAGGACGGCCUUUAUGUGUCUGACGCUUUCCACGAAGUGCGGAUGGAGGUGACGGAGGACGGGACCAAGGCUUCAGCCGCCACUGCCAUGGUGCUCCUCAAACGGUCCCGAGCGCCGGUCUUCAAGGCGGACCGGCCCUUCCUGUUCCUGCUCCGACACAUAAACACAGGAUCAAUCUUGUUCAUGGGCCGAGUGAUGAACCCUGCAGACCAGGCUCAAUGAGGAACACACACACACACACACACACACACACACACACACACACACACACACACACCCUAUUUCACUACUGGUAUUUAUUUGUGGACCAAAAGGACCCGUGGACACUUCAGGAAGAGGGACAUUAUUUUUGUACAGAACUGUAAAUAAAAUUUUACUAUGUUUGUAC